AUGGAUCCUUUGUCGGUUUUGCGUGAAUACACCAUGCGAAACGAGCUGGAUAGGGUUACCAUUGUCGGCGAUGACUGUUGUUUCGGCAAUGAGUACCGUUUCCCUCGCGCCGUCGAAACGGCAUACCGGCGGCGCGGCGGUGACCGUUACAACCUGGAGUCGCUGCUGCUGUUCGUGCAGUGCAAGGCGGUCAAGCACACGGAGUAUAUGCAGCGAGCGCGCGCGCAAACCCUGCAGAUCGUCACCUUCACGGAUCGCAAGCCGCUCCUGGUGUGCCUGCCUCGUCCUUCCCUUCUCUCCCUCGCGGAGUAUCUAGAAGGCCAUCUGCAGACCACGGACGCCAUCGAUCUCAUCGCGCCUAUCGGCCUUCCCCCCUCCGCUCCGCCUUCCGCCGCGCCCCCCGCGUCCAUCCCCUCUUCCGGAGCCGCCACGUCAGCAGCUCCCGGUGGUUUAGGGCAAGGCGCGCAUGGCUCCACGUCAGCAGCGGUAGAUGGUGCCACGGGGCCAGGAGGUUUGGGAGCAGCCGAGGCUGGGGAUCAGGCUCGGAAGAGGAGCAGAUGGGAUACGGACAAAAGGGCCAGCGGGGCUGGGGGAGACGCGGGAGCAGCAGGCGCAGACGGCGGGGGAGCGGGGGGAUAUGACGUGUACGGCAAGAGGCAGAGGGGAGAAGGAUCGCAGGCAGGCCUAGGCACGGGAAGAGGCAUAGCCUAUCACUCAGAAGCUGUCCCUGGGAUGGCCGCUGCAGGACUGACUGUAGGAGGGCUGGGACUGGGAGGCGGGGGGAUGAGCGAGGAGGAGGAGAGGGAGGCGAUCAGAGAGCUGAUCAAGCGAGAGAGGCCGGUGAGGGACCGGGAGACGGUGCUGCUGUGCCCUCGCAAGAAGGACGCGUUUGCGUCGGUGCUGGCCAUGCUGAACCGCCGCGAGCACGAGCGGAAGAAGCUGGACGUGGCGCAUAGGGAGGCCUCCAAACGCGGCCACCCGCCCGCCCCCUCCUCCGCCCGCCCCUCCAGGGACGCGCGGGGAGGAGGCGCGGGCGCUGGUGCUGCUGGUGGCGGGGGCGGGGGAGGGGGAGGGGGGCGGCAGGACGAGAGGCAGGUGUGGCGGGACUACAUGGGGACUGAUGCACUGGAGGAGCUGGGAAUCAACCCCACCCAGUCCUCGUACGUUCAGCCCGGCAGAGGGGGAAGUGGUGGUGCUGCUGGUAGCGGUGCUGCUGGUGGUGGUGGCAGUGGGUCAGGUGCUCUAGUUGUCGCCUCCCAGGGGAAGCCAGAGGGGCAGCACAGCCGAUCUCAGCCGUCCAACCCGCCUCCAUCCUCCCGCCACGCGCGCCCUCAUGGCAACCCGGCCCACCAAUCCCAACACAAACAGCACGGCAGCUCUGGCGGCGGCAGCGGCAGUGGCAGCGCAGCAGCAGCGGCAGGAGGGAGCCUGGUGCCGAUCAUCCUAGUGCCCAGCGCAGCUCAGACGCUGAUAAACAUUUUCAACGUGAAAGAUUUUCUCGAGGACGGAGCGUACGUGCCUGCGGAGGAGAAGGCGAAAGCAGCGGGGGGGAAGCGGCCCGAGAUGGUGGCGGUGCAGCGGCGGAUGGGGCGGGACAAGGCGGUGGUAUACCACGUGAGGGACCGGCCCGAGGGGCUGUCGAAACGGGACUGGGACCGGGUAGCAGCGGUGUUUGUGCUGGGCAAGGAGUGGCAGUUCAAGGGCUUGCCCCCAUGUCCCCCAUGCAUGGCCUGCCUCCAUGUCCCCCAUGCCUGGCCUGCCUCCAUGUCCCCCAUGCACACUAUCGAGCAGGACUGGGACCGAGUGGCAGCGGUGUUUGUGCUGGGCAAGGAGUGGCAGUUCAAGGGGUGGCCCUUCAAGGACCAUGUCGACAUCCUCUCCAAAGUGAUGGGGGUGUUUGUGCGCUUUGAGGACGACAGUGUGGAGUCAGCAGCCACAGUGAAGAAUUGGAACUGCAGCAUCCUCGCUCACACCUCUCUUUCUCUGCACAUACUCUGCUCCUUACCCUCCUCCUUUCCCCCCACUCCACCCCACCCCAAUCUCCCCUCUCUCCUCCACUCCUCUCCACCCCUCCACACCUCCCAGAUUAGCAAGUACAAGCGGCAUCAGGAUCGCACAGCAGCGCUCACCUUCUGGGACAGGCUCGACAAGUUUCUGGCCGCCCGCAAGUCCGUGCUCGCCUACUAG